UGGCGGAUUAUCACCACCAACAUCAGAAUCUCGACCACCUUGCUGAGCUCAGAUUGCCUUUUUAGCAAUUCAGCUACAAAGCGGAUCAACAAGGGGGCUGAUGUUAUUUUCAACUGCUAAUUAGCGGACUGACGUAGCUCCCAACUACCUAACCUAAUCCUACGUAGUAAUGGGCGGUUGACGAUGGAUCAUCACGUAGGACUUAUAUGGCCGAUCAGAAAUGGAUAGCUGUCCUACUACCCUACUGAGUAACUAGGUAGCUGGAUAGGAAUAUAAGAACCUUAGUUGUCUGCUUCCAACUCACUUGGUGACACGAUGCACAAUUCUAGCUUUCCUUAUUAAUUUCAUUUUCUUUAUUCUCAAUCCAAGUCGGUCGGCCUAUCUAGUCGCAAUCCCUUCACAUCGAACUUGACCUACUUGUCCACCUGACAUCUACCACCAAUAUCAAUCAACAUGGGUAACCCGCCGCUACUGAACCCUCUCCCUCGGCCGAUAGGCAUAUUUCCGUCCUUCUUCGCGAGGCAAUGCGAAACCUUAGUGCUGAAAGAGAAGAUCAAGUCGCUGUCGGGAAACAGCUUCGACGUGCGCUUUUACAACGGCCAACCUAUCCUCAAAGUCAACGGCGAGAGCCUGUCGCUCUCCGGGCGCACGAACGUCUCGGACGUAAACGGGAACUUCCUGUUCUGCAUCCGCAAGAGGCACUUCACCAUACACACGACGUUCUACGCCGAGAAUGCCAAAGAAGAGGAGAUCUUCGAAGUGAAGAGUAAAUUCAAGUUGAUUGGCUCCAAGUUUAUAGCUACAUUCACCUCGGCUUCGGGCCAGCAGGAGGAGCUAGUGAUGAAGGGCGACUUCAUGGACACGAACGCCGACAUUAUAGACGAGGCUAGCGGGCAAACGGUCGCAACGAUCUAUCGCGACCGUUGGAAUGCGCGAGAGCUUAUAGCCGACCAGCAAACGUAUAAUGUUACGAUCGCGCCAAACGUCGACAUGGCCAUCAUCAUCGCGAUGUGCAUAUGCAUGGACAUAAAGAGAGACGAAGGUGCGGCAGCUUGAUAGUCUCUGCGUAUUGGUUCGGAGGCCUACCUGUUUUAUUAUCGAAUAUUGGGAUACUGGGGAUAGGGGGGAGGGGUGCUUUGAAGCGGUUUAUCUGGAUUCAUACCUAAUAUUUGGGGGAUAUUGAAUGCA